AUGCAACAGCGAAACAAAGAACCCAUUUCCUUCCUGGCACCCGUUUCUGUCCCCUCCUUUCCUGCUCCGCCUGCCCAGCAUCAUCAGCCCUUCUGGGGCGUGUACCUCACUGCCUGCCCCAGGACCAGAGGCCUGUCUCCCCCUUCCCUCCCCACCGGCCCGGGGGAGACGUCUUCACACCCAAAGAUGCUUUGUCAAGAUGACUGCGCUGUCCCUUUGAGUUCCUACUUCUUAUAUAUUGCUUUGGGGACUCUAACCGGGAAGAUGGGGCUGAUUUCCCACCUACAGAGGUUGAUGGAGGAAGGAAAAUGGGGAGGCACUGGGGUUGUGGAGGGCAUGGGUAUGGAUGAGGAGGGUGCUGGGAGCGGCAAGGCGGUCUGUCUGCGGGGGAGGGGCAACGGUGAGAGAUCACCUUCCCUACCCUCCACCUUCCCUCAGGGAAGACGAAGCCAGGUGCCAGGGCUGGGGUCGGGACACCCAUGGUCUGGGGGGCUUGACCGCAAAUCCCAGACCCUGGAAGCUCCAGGCUCGGGAUGUCUCCUGAGCACCUCUCCGGGCCCCCUCCUCUCCAGCCUGUCAGCCCAGCCUCCCCAGCCCCCUCCCCUCAACUCUAAGGGUAGCGUAGCCCCAGGCCACCCUGGCCCAGCCCCUGCAUUGCCAUUUCCCCAGAGGUGGCCCCUCCACCUCUGCUCUGACCUCUCCCCGUCUCUCUGCCCCUCCUUUUCUCACAAGUGCCAUGAGUUUUCAAACAUCUUCGGGUCUCAGCCUGCUGCUGCCAUGAACUUUGUUGGGUUAAGGGGGAGGGGCUCUAGGAAGGAACUGGGGGGAAGGGGACAGGUAGGUGGCUGGAGGGACCCUUUUUGCUGCUAGAAAGCCCCUCCCUUCUCCUGGGGAGCUGGGGCUGGCUUGUCCCCAUCAAUUAGGGGAGAAGGGGUCAGACCAAAGAUGGUGGUUUGUCCCGAGUAAGGGAACAGGUGUGGGGAAGAGGUGGGGUUGGGUUCCAACUCUGGCUUUUUCUGGUAGAAAGGCCUAACCCAUUACACUAGAAGACCAUGGGUGAAGUCUAGAUGGGGAGGAGAAGUGAGGCCAGGGACAGUCUUGCCAGACGACUGAGGAGGGCAGGGGACAGUUCCAUGGCCCUUCCUGGACUGCACUAGGCUGGGAGCUCUGUUGUGUGGAGGGGUGGUCAGAGGUCUGUGAAGAGCGGGCAAGAGGCAUGGGCAGGCGAGGAGCCGGCCCGUCCCGGGAAGCAGCCCAGCCUGUGGCUGCCCCCGAAACCAGGAGGAGGGCCGGGAGAGUUCUGGGGGGGCUGAGGCACAUAGGGAGGCCCACUCCCUACCUGCCCAGCCUUCCUUGUAUCUCUGCAGACUUGGACAAUCAAAGGGAGAGAGGGUGUACCAGGUCCUGUUCCAGCCGGCAUCGCCCGGUGGCUUCCAGGCCUCAGAGCUGUGUGGCAGGGCCCCCUGCUGGGGCUGGACACCACUGCAGUCCAGUGCAAAGCCGCCCCCAGAGCCCAGGUGUCCCCCCCACCUAACCAGACCUGGUGCCUUGACGCCCCCACCCCAGCUGGGACGGUACAGAGAAGGGUCUUGGUUUCCUCUCCUACUCCCUUCCUUGGGCUCCUGAACUCAUUUGCUCCUAAAUCUUGUUAAUUCUUUUUCUCUGGAUUUUGGUUUCUUUUGGCUUUUCCUUGCCUUCCCCUUUCUGUCUCCAACUCUCUUUCCCCAUGUCUUUCUCGCUGUCUCUAUGUUCCUCUUCUCUCAUCCUCAACUUUCUGUCCAUUCGGGCCUCCUCCCCACCGCCCACGCCCCUAGCCCCUCCCUCCUUGGUCUCCUUUUCGAUAUGCCAAACCAAUUUUGGGUCGAGUGCAUUUAACGAGAACAAAACAAAAGGCUCAUAACAACAAGAACGUUUCAGAAAAAAACAAAAAGUUUAAAAAAAAAUGUUGAGUCAAAAAGUCAAACAAUAAAGAAAUUAAGAUUUCUUGGAA